GAACGGGAAGCCCAGGUAUGAGGCUGUUGGCCAGCGGGGUUCGGAUCUGUUCGCAAGUGCUUUUUUUCUGUUUUUCCUCUAAUGGCCUUGAGUCGGCUUUCCUUGGCCUCUCUUCCUACGGAGUUUCCCGUCUCACUUGCUUUCUGCUCCCUCUCCAACUUUGUUCACAACACUUCCCUUUUUUGCUAGCCAAUUCUUAGAUCCUUCACCUUCAGGUCGCUUGGAUCAAUUUCCUUUCCCUUUGCGCAGUUGAGGACCUCUUGUCGUGGUCAGCAUUUCAAAGGCCAUCAUGGCAGUCAAGUGGUCUGGUGGACAUUCUUCUUCAAUCCUUUGCCUGAAUGCAAAUAAAGACGGGCUGGUGGCUUCAGGAGGAGAGGGUGGAGACCUUGUGGCUUGGGGUGAAGAUGGGACCCCGUUAGGACACAUGCAGUUGGAAGGGGCUGAUGAUGUUACCAGUGUCUUGUUUUCUGCCUCCUGCCCCACCAAGCUCUAUGCCUCCCAUGGAGAAACCAUCAGUGUACUAGAUGUCAGGUCUCUUAAAGGGUCCCUGGACCACUUCCAUGUGAAUGAGGAAGAAAUCAACUGUCUUUCAUUAAAUGAAACUGAAAGUCUGCUGGCUUCGGCUGAUGACUCUGGGGCAAUUAAAAUCCUGGACUUGGAAAAGAAGAAAGUUACCAGAUCCCUGAAGAGACAUUCCAACAUCUGUUCCUCUGUGGCUUUUCGACCUCAGAGGCCUCAGAGCCUGGUGUCAUGCGGCCUGGAUAUGCAGGUAAUGCUGUGGAGUCUUCAAAAAGCCCGUCCUGUCUGGAUUACAAAUUUACAGGAGGAUGAAACAGAGGAAACGGAAGGCCCCCAGACCCCUGGUCGGCUCCUAAACCCUGCGCUAGCCCACUCUGUCUCUGUAGCGUCGUGCGGCAAUAUUUUUAGCUGUGGUGCAGAGGAUGGUAAGGUGCGCAUCUUCAGGGUGAUGGGAGUCAAAUGUGAGCGAGAACUGGGAUUUAAGGGUCACACUUUGGGGGUAUCCCAGGUCUGCUUUCUGCCCGAGUCCAGUCUGUUGCUUACUGGAGGGAAUGAUGGGAGGAUCAGGUUGUGGGAUGUGAGCGGUAAGAUGGAGAAGCUGCAGAAGAGCCCUGCGAGGCACAUCCACAGGAAGAAAGCAAAGAGGGCAGCGUGCCCCACGCAGGGUGGAAACUCCAGAGCCCCGGGAGCCGAGGAUGAGGGGCAUGCAAAGAUUCUGCCAAAGCUCGAUAUUGAACACGGAGAAAAAGUGAACUGGCUUUUAAGUACAAAAAUUAAAGGGAACAAAAGCAUAUUAGUGGCUGAUCAGACGUGUUGUGUGUCUGUGUAUCCCCUAAAUGAGCUUUAGGGCCAAUAAAAUGCAUUGCAAAAACCAACAGGAA